AUGGCGGACAAUCCUCGCCAGGAUCUGUACCUGAAGAUUUCUCGAAACCUGGUAGAUCGAGAACUUACAAAUCUCCGGAACUAUGUCGGCGGUGCAGAGAUCUUACCAGCGGGAUUCGUCCAGAAAGCCGACGCUCACCAGAUCUUCAACCUACUUGAAAAAGAAGGGAAGUUGGAACCAGGAAAUCUUUCAUUUCUGUCAGACAUCUUGAGAAAAGUUGGAAGGCAUGACUACGCUGAGCAGGCGGAUAAGAUCUCAGAAAAUGAAAGCAAAGUUGACGUGUCGAGGUAUUUCCACAAAGUCACUUGCGAGGUCAGCUUCAAGUGGGACGACUUGGCACGGGAGCUGAAGUUCGGGAGAAACGAGAUAAGAAGAAUAGAGGCCUCGGAACGUAACAACAAAAGAAGAUGUAGGGAGAUGCUGGUACGGUGGAGAAAUAGAGAAGGAAAAGCUGGAUCUCUUCACACUCUGAAGAAGGCUCUCAUCAGCAUAGGAGAAAGGCUCACAGCCGAGUAUUUGGAAGCAGCAAGUCUAGGAGAUUUGUGA